ACGCAUUAAGAAAAAAAAAAACGAAAAUAAAUUUGAACCACAUUACCCAGAAUGCACCGAGCGGGGUUAGAGGUUAUUUAGACAUGAAUAGCGUAACAGCUAGGCCACGAGCCUGUUCUUACAGCUUACAUUGGACCCUUCCCCUAUUUAUUGAGCAACAUUUGUUAUCUUUCUGCCACGUAUCUGGGAGAGUGAAUGAGCGACAGCGGCGCUGCUGCUGAGCGGGAAACACGACCUGCUGCCGAACAGAGCAACCAGCUGGUCCCGCUCGACUGCUGCGGAGGUCUGAACAACGUCGACUAUUCCAAGAUGGACUUGAUGCCGAUUGAAGAAUUCAUAAGACACAUUAACUUUCAUGACCCAAACCUUUCCAUCGCAGUGAUUGCCAUCAUAUUCAACCCUCUCUUCUGGAAUGUGGUGGCACGAUGGGAGCAUCGCACUCGGGGCCUCUCCAGGCUCUUUGGCGGCCCCUACCUGGCCUGUUGUGGUCUGGCAAUCGUCAUCAUUCUGCUCAACGUUUUCAGGAGCCACAGUAUGACAGUGGUGAUGAAGACCCAGGCCAGAUGGGCGCUGAUGGAGCGGACGGAUGUUUUCUACGUCGGGAUCUCCCUUAUAGUGAUGGGAACGGUUCUGGUGGUCAGCAGUUUUCUCGCUUUGGGCUUCACUGGGACGUUUUUAGGCGACUACUUUGGCAUCCUGAUGGAUGAGAAGGUGACCGGUUUCCCCUUCAGCGUCGUAGAGAACCCGAUGUAUUGGGGCAGCACAGCCAACUACCUCGGCCUUGCGCUCGUUGGUGCCAGUCCUGUUGGGUUAGUCCUUACUGCCAUGGUGGCCCUGGCUUACAAAGUGGCCAUAAAAUUCGAAGGACCAUUCACGGAGCAGAUCUAUCUGCAGAGAAAUCAGCGCCGCAAACACGAGUGAUCGCAUCCCUCACCUGCUGGUGGGGCGGCUGAGGAUUCCCAUCCGGGCGCGUGGACGGACGCACACCGGCUGUAGGCGUUGAUGGGCCGCUUGAGCGGAAACGCAGGGAAAUGUGUGCUGGUGCGACUUAUUUCUUAAAAUGAAUCAGGAAGCUUAAAGCUGCACAAUGUAACUCUUAUAGCUUUUACUUACAACUCUGGAAAAAAUGAAGAGACCACUGCACUGAGUCCCAUUGAAAACCUCCUGGUUAGUCCACCAAAUAUUGAUUUCUGAACUCUUCUUGAGUUAAAACAUUGGUAUUGUCGUUUCUAAAUGAAUAUCAACUUUUUUUGUCUUAGCAUUAUUUAUGUUCUGAAAGUGCUGCAUAUAUUUUUGUUAUUUUGACCAUUUCUCAUUUUCUGCAAAUAAACACAAAAUAUUUGUUUGGAAUUUCGGAGACAUAUUGUCAGUAGUUCAUGGAAUAAAAGAACAAUGUUCAUUUUACUCAAACAUUUACCUAUAACAAGUAAAAUCAGAGAAACUGGUCAUUUUAGUGGUUUCUUAAUGUGUGUGUUGUGUGCUGUGUUUAUUAAAAUUCAGUAUGUUGUAACAGUAUAAUGUAGGACAGAUAAUCUGUGAAAAUAUUGAUCUCCUCUGCCUUCUCUCAACGCUGUCAGUACUUACUGCAGACAUACACCAACUCAAUCAGAAACAACCAAUCAGAGCCAGGAGGAGGGUCUUAGCGCUGCCAAAUACGCUUCACCACAACAUAAAGUGCCACGAAUGCUAAUGCUAGUUAGCAUAGCCUCUUUUGACAGCGGAUAAACGGCUUAUCUGUAACAGUAAGCUGUUUCUCCACCAUUAGCACAUCUAGUAUUGAGUUUAUAAUGUUGAUUGACAGCUCUAAGCCCCUCCUCUUAGCUGUGAUUGGUUGUUUUUGACCGGGAGCUGUGUGUUUCUUCAGACAGCAAUAGCA